AUGCUCACCACGGUGCAAAUAUAUCAGUCCGAGAUUGCUCCACCCGAGGUUCGCGGAAGGAUGAUUGCGGUCCAGCUUGUCACCAUCAACUCAGCAGGCCAAAUCAUCGCUUUUACCGGUUUUGGCACAUACCAUGUCUCCAACCCCGCGUUACAAUGGCGACUUCCCGUGGCCCUGCAGUGUGUUCCGGCGAUCGCACUCUUUAUUGGUGGAUUCUUCAUUCCUUUCUCACCUCGAUGGCUAGCCAUGAAAGGAAGACAUGAAGAAGCACGCAAGGUGCUCCGGCGUCUCCAUGAUGAUCACGCGAAUCCCUUGUUCUGGGAGAGGGAGUACGCACAAAUGGUUGCCCAGCUGGAACACGAGCGACGAGAGACCGCCGGCGUCAAUAGCUUCCACAUGUUUACUAACUGGCGAGAGCUGCACCGAGCACUACUCGCAGUGGUCGGCUUGACCAGUCUACAGACUAACGGUGCGCAGACCAUUUUCAUCUUCCAGUCAAUCCUUUACGCGAGUCUUGGGUACAGCACCGGCAAGAUCCUUCUUAUGGCAUGUUUCUUCCAGUUGCUAUGCAUCGUUGGAGGUAUCGGAAACAUACUGGCAAUCGACUGGCUGGGAAGGAGGAUUUUGAUGAUGUCCGGCCUCAUCGGUCUCUCAGUCGUCCUCGGAGCCUUUAUGGCCUGCGUCGCCGAAUUCGAGAAGACGGGAAACACAGCGUGGGGAAAGGCUGGUGUUGCUAUGGUCAUGAUCUACAUCUGGUUCUACGGUGUCACUUAUAUCUCGACAGGCUACGCUUACGCCGCGGAAGUGCUUCCCACUAAGAUCCGAGCCCAGGGGAUGGCCUUGGGUAUGCUAUGCGCCUACGUCUGCAUCAUCAUUUUCAGACAGGUCACCCCUAUCGCCUAUGCAGAAGUUAGUUACCGAUACGUCAGUCUCUUCAUCGCGUUCAAUAUGUUCUUUUUGCCCAUAAUCUAUUUCUUCUGCCAUGAGACGAAAGGCCUCACUUUGGAAGAGAUAAACGGACUGUUCGGUGAGGAAGUCCAGCGGACCAUCGAUGAGGAUCCUGACGGGGCCGUGCACGACAAGAGUAUAAACGUGGAAGAGAAGGAGACCGUGAUGGUGUGA